CAAUCAGGCACAACUUGUCGCUACACAACAGAUUCAUGCGGGUCCAAAAUGAAGGUACUGGAAAAUCCUCUUGGUGGAUGAUAAACCCCGACGCCAAGCCCGGAAAAUCCGUAAGACGAAGAGCAGCCUCUAUGGAAACUAGCAAAUUCGAGAAAAAACGGGGUAGAGCAAAGAAAAAAGUCGAAAUGAUAAAAAACGGUUACCUGCCCGACACAACGCCUAGUCCUAGUUCAUCUGUAUCUGAGAGUUUAGACUUGUUUCCAGAUUCGCCGAUUCACAGCGGCGGUUUCCAAUUGAGCCCAGAUUUUAGACCAAGAGCCUCUUCGAACACUUCUUCGUGCGGGCGCCUGUCCCCCAUCCCUUCUGUAGGAGCCGAAUCCGAAUGGGCCACGCACAACCAAUUUAACAGCCAAACCUAUAGUCCAGAUAUUGUACCCAGCGGUAAUUAUUCGCCAGAUCAAUUGGCGGGAAACCUCCAGCAAGGGAUGAAGCUCGAACCAGACACAUAUUUGGGGUAUAUGAAUGGGCAACCAGCACAGCCCCCACCACCGCCAUAUACAGCUCCUUACGAACAAUUUCCUGGAUGUAGGGACCUAGGAGGCGCCAUACAUGCCACCUCUCCUUACGGAUUAACGCAGUGUCCAAUCCACCGUAUCCAAUCGUGUUCUUGUAUGCAACCAAUUAAAGUCGAGAGUAUGUCACCUGCAGGCAUGUCCCCCUCGUACCCCCACUCCGAACCCUCGCCGGAUCCCCUUAGCUCUCAAUAUUUAAUUAACAGAAUGCAACGACCUCCUUCGAGUAGUCCUCCUCUAACUCCGCAACCAGCACAACAGCAACAACAACAGAACAUCCCCUCGACGAUGAUGGGCCAGAUGAUGGCAGCGCUCAACAACAGCGCCAUCUUGGAUGACCUCAAUAUCAACGUUGAGUCGUUGCAGGGUGGCUUUGACUGCAACGUCGAGGAGUUAAUCAACCACGAACUGAACAUGGAGGGUAGUUUGGACUUUAAUUUCCCUAACCAACAGCACCCGGUACCAGUUACCGUGUCCGCACAGAACGAACCACAUACGGGAAUAACGAAUAGUCAGCCUAGUGCGCCACCUACAUACUCGACUACGGUAACGACACCGUCCUGGGUGCAUUAACAAAGAAAUUUCAGGAAAUGAAUUUCUGCAACCAUAGAAUCAAGUUUAUGUAGAUUGGUUCUGCGCCGCUAUUCUAUCUGUUGUGCAACCGUUGACAGUGUAAUCUUGUUAAAAUGAUCUCGUGUUAUGCUCAUUAUUAAUUGUUUGUACAGAAAUGAAUAUGCUUUUAUGUCUUUUCUAUUACAAGAAAUAAUGUUAGUUCUAUGAUCUACAAGCAGACUCAAAAAGUUCCCAACACAAAUUAAAUGAAUCAAAUAUUUAUUUAUUGAUAUAUUUGACCAAAUGGUUUGCUGAAGGAUCAAAUAUUUGUUGAUUUUUUCAAAAUAUGCCAACAUUGAACAAAUUAUCAGUUUCUGUUUUAAACAUUAAGGGGUUUAUACAUCCAGUUUGUUCCCAGCAAAAUGUAAGCAUUUUUGUUGUAGUAUUAAACUUUGCUACUUACCUAAAGUUUUCUAGUCACUGUAAGACAAAAACAUUCAAAUAUAACUAAAAUAUGAUAAACUUAACCAUAUAUUUUUUUUACGAUUUCGGAAUCUACAAGAAUUUUACUUGUAUCUGGCCGUCUUAUCAAACUCGUCUGUGUGCAGGGUAAAUCUUACCAAUACCAACUUGGUCUUAAUAAGUUGGACUGCAAAGAGGAAAGACUUUGUCUUUCCCGUUACUUUACAGUGUCUCCAGAUCAUGGAUCCAUGAAAAAUAUCAAUAUCAGUAGCCAUUAUUAAAUUAUACAUCCCUCUUCUGUAAUCUCUUGUAUUUCGGAACAUUUUAAUUUUCCUAGGAUCUUUCAUUUGUUGAUUAUCUUUAGUUACAGCUAUGUGAAUGAUUAUACCAACUUUUCUUCUGUUAAUGUGAUUAUGUUCCUCCAGUUUAGUUCACCUUUUGAUUCUAAAAUACUAAACAAUUCAACUGAUAUAUUUUCAUUUAUUAUGUACCUAUUUCAUUAAUUAGGGGCUGUUUUUGCUACAUUUUUGUUCUCCCCAAUGUCUCGUGUUCGAUCAUUUCUAUAUCUUGUCACCAUUUUGCCACAUACUGUAAACACUACUAUUUUAUAUGUACAUACUUCUAGAUACACGUGUUUCAUCCAAUGUUUUGACACUGUUACUAUAUUUUAUUUUAUAUAACCAACAUACAGUGAUGAGCGCACUAAUAACCGGCAAAAUAACGCAAAAGAUGGAAAACAUAUUAAGUUAUGAGAUAAAAAGAGAUGAACCUAGUGGAGGUGUUACAUUUAGCGAUAGUAACUUAUAGAUUGACAUUAUAUUGAUUGUUUCCCACCUUUAGAUGUAUCGGAAGAGUUUGAGAAGUGCCACUGUCAUAGUGACAGUUUUAGUUGACAUACUCCUCUGAUACGUCUAAAGGUGGGAAACAAUCAAUAUAAUGUCAAUCUACAAGUUACUAUGAAAUUUAACACUUCCACUAGGGGUCACCUCUUUUUAUCUCACAACUUAAUAUGUUUUCCAUCUUUUGCGUUAUUUCUCCAGCAAAUAGCACCUUUGAGAAAACCCGAUGUAUUUUUUUUAUUAACAAAUUCGCAUCAACCAAAUUGGCUAUUCCCUGAAACAAUUGUAGCGACCAAUAAUUUGUAUUACGUUUGUAUGUUUAGAUGGAGUUUAAAAUGUUAAUUGAAGUUAGGAAAACCCGAUGUAUUGAUAGACGGUUAAAGUGCCAGAUUGACCGUUUGUGCAAAAUAAGGCCUAACACUCCUAAGUUAUCCUAAUUAAAAUUAGUCAAUUAGAAUUUAAAGAUAGACUGCGACUGAAAAUAUUUGAGUAAAUUUUAAUGACAUUAUAUUUUUUGUAUGAACAUUUGUUAGAAUAUUUACAAUCUUACAGUUUCCAUGUCAGAUGAACAAACUAGGUGGAACAAUAAUGUAAGUUAUCUAAUAUGAAUGGAACUUUUUGGGUCCUCUUCCGAUCUCUGCCUUCAUUAAUUUCUCAUUUCUGGUGCCAUUUGUUCUACAGUUUUAAGUUCAUAGAUGCCAAUUUUUAUAAGGUAAGCGGUAUGGGUUGGCAGCUCAAUAUUCCCUGAAAAAAGAAAAAACAAAAAAAUGAAAAUGUUGUUCGAUUACUAGUAAUUUUUUUUAAAUUUGUAAUUUAUAAGGCCAGAUUGAUUAUACAUAGUGUAAAAUAAGAGUUAAUAUAACAAUUUGAAGCAGCAUCUCGUAAGAAAAUGUCAAAAUACCGUCGACUUUUCAAGAAACAGAGUUCAAAUAUUUAUUUUUGGUGUUUUAUGCAAAGCUAGUCUUAUAAUUUGUGAAUAUGAAUGUUUUUUUUGACGAUGUAUAUAUAGAAAGAUACUUUUACAAUACAUAUAAAGUUUUUAUUUGCUUAACUUUUAAUGUUAAAAACUUCAAGUCAGCUUUUAAAUUUUAUAAGUGCUGUUAAAUCAUAAAACCAACAUUAAAUAUGUUACAGCAUAUAUCACAGUCAUUAAAUUGUAUAGUUAUAAAAUCCAUAUAGUAGAUAAAGUUAUAGGUUUUUUACCAAAUUAUGUCACAUUAUAUAAUAAGAUCUAAAUUUUAUAAGUGCUGUUAAAUCAUAAAACCAACAUUAAAUAUGUUACAGCAUAUAUCACAGUCUUUAAAUUGUAUAGUUAUAAAAUCCAUAUAGUAGAUCUUAUUAUAUAAUGUGACAUAAUUUGGUAAAAAACCUAUAACUUUUCUAAUUGUUUUGUAAGUGUUGUAACUAUUAAAAGUUCUGUUUACUUAUCCACUAUUAUAUAAUAUAUUAUACUAUUACUAUUUGGACGUUUCUUCCUUAGCAUUUCUAUUAGACUGCUUGAGGUUUUUAAUAGAAGAAUGAUCUCUUUCUGAUUUUUUCGUACUAAUUUUUAAAGAAUUUUACCCCAAUGAAGAAUUAUGUUGUCCCCAAUAGCUAUAAUUGGCGUAGCCUGUAGGAUAAGACCCACAAUUUUAAAAACUAGUACGAAACUAAAACUUAGAAAUGGAUCUAUUUUUUUUAAUAAAUAACUAUUUGGACUCUGUAUUACAUAUUAUAUUUUUUUUUGUAUAUAGCAUAGUGUUAGUUGUUAGGUGCUUCGUGUACCUCUUUUGUUGAUUUAUUUUUGAUUUUUAUAAAUAUUAUAUAAUACACAUUAUAUAUUCAUUUCAUUCUCGUCAUGCGGUACUGGUCAUAUGAUUCGUGUUAUAUUUUGUUCGCCCAGUGUUUUUUGGGCACCUUUUAUCAUUAUAAAUUAGAAUAUUUUUUUACUGUAAUAUUUGUAAAGUGUUUGAUGUAUUGUUAGAUGUAUCCAACGACGAAACAAAAAAAAAUAUAAGUGAAAUUCCGUUAAAUCAGAUAGUAUCUAUUUUUAUGAAUCUGGCAUCUUCAUUUUUUAUAUAUCAAACUUUAUGUUAUGCUGAUAUUUGCAGAUAUGUAUUUCAAUACUUCUCUACCUUAAGGCCGAAGUUUAAUAUAUUAUUAAUAAAUUUCCUUACACCACUAUGUGGUAACAAGGUUUUUUGAAUAUAUAUAUAUAUAUAUAUAUAUAUAUAUAUAUAUAUAUAUAUAUUAAUAAAUUUCAUAUCUCAUGGAAUCUGCAGAUUUUUAAAUUUGUUGGUCUUGUGGAAUUAUUGAUUUUUUUCAAGACUUUCUGAUACUUUCAAUGGAAUCAAACUUCGGUUUUUUUUUUGUUUCGAUCGAAUUAAUAGACGGCUACUGGUAUCUGACUGCUUUUAGUUUAAUUAAAUUAAUUUUACAAUAGAUGGCAGUAGGCGUCAUUUUUUAUUUUUCAAGAUAUAAACUUGUAGUAAAACAAGCAUACUUUGCGUCGGUUUGAUACAUUGAAAUAUAUUUUUUAUCAAGUUUAGUUUUAGAUUGUAGUCGAAUAUUAAGACCGAGAAGAUAAACUAAUUCUGAUGGGAUCUCUGAAGAUUAAUUAAAAUUGAUCCGUUAGGUUACACGGUGGGUCUAAAACUGUCAAGUCUUUCCUGAACCCUUUUCGGUUCAGGAACACAGGUGCACCGGUUUACUAGAAUGUGACUGGCUGGACAGCUGGGGACACUACAUCAACACUCAAAUAUAAGUAUGUACAUAAAAAAGUGAUGAAAUCGCAUGUAAAGCGAUAUCGUUGACAAAGUAGAAGGCUGUAAUAUUUUCACCGAUAAAACUUGCUCUAGCAAGUAAUUUUAAUUUUCCCGUCUAUCGAAAUUUUUAGCGACUACGGUCGUUUCUCGCCGCGAAAAGGUUCGAAUUCUUGAAAGGUAGAUACUUCUGGAGAUGGACAGACAUCUAAAAAAUAGCAUUGCAUCAUAGUUUUUGGCAAGAAAAACAGUUUUUUGUCUAUUUACUCAGAUGAAAAGAUUUAUUGUUAGCAUUUCAUACUAACUAAGAAAAAGAGUUAACUUUUUUUUCAUAAUGUUCUUUUGCUACAAGUUUAUAUCGUUGGACGUGGUUUUUAAUUUAGUUGCGCCUAAUGAAUACGUACCUAUUGAUGUGUAUAAAAAAGAAGAGGCAGUGUAGACAAUGUUUUUAAUUUCGUUGUUAGAAGGUGGCCGGUUUUUAUUAAGCUUUUUCCUAAAUCAUAACUUUUUUCUUUUUCAUAUAAUCAGGUGAUAUACUUAAGGUGAUACAGUAGCGAUCAACAGGUAGCAAAAAUGCGUUCCAAGAUUGCGGCUGUAGUUUUGAAUAUUUUUUCGAGAUAUUUGGCACACGUAUUCAUAAUAUAAUAAAGAAUGGCGGUACAGAGCCCAAUUUGAAAAAUAUAUUAAUAUGUGGAAAUUACUCUGUAAUUAAAUACAAUAUUUAAAAAACGAGCCUGUGCCGCCAUUAAGAAGAACAAAAAAAUACACUUUCUUCAAAUAAACUUUUUUAUCCGAUGCCUAGAUUUUGUGUCAUUUUGGAACUACAGUAAAACCCCGAUAUAACGGACCUCCAUUUAACGGACUUCGGAUAUAACGGACAAGAAAAUCCGGUCAAAUGUGAAAAAAAUUAAAAAUGGCUCUGUAUUUUACAAAGAAUUUUUUAUUAUAGCAUAUUGCGGACACAUUUCUAAUUAUAAAAAAACAGUACAAACAUCAAAAGUGCAAACAAAACUUAAAAAAAGUUUGAUUUAUUUUAAACCUAUUUUUAUAUAACGGACUUUCGCCUUUAACGGACACCCCGUCCCCCCAAUUAGUCCGUUAUAUCGAGGUUUUACUGUACUAAAAUUUUUUAUUUCAUUAGUAGUUCCAAAAUGACACAAAAUCUAGGCAUCGGAUAAAAAGUUUAUUUGAAGAAAGUGUACUUUUUUGUUCUUCUUAAUGGCGGUACAGGCUCGUUUUUUUAAUAUUGUAUUUAAUUACAGAGUAAUUUCCACAUAUUAAUAUAUUUUUCAAAUUGGGCUCUGUACUGCCAUUCUUUAUUGUAUUACGAAUACGUGUGCCAAAUAUGUCGAAAAAAUAUUCAAAAUUACAGCCGCAAUCUUAGAACGCGUUUUCGCUACCUGUUGAUCGCUACUGUUUCCUCUUAAUUAUAAAUUAAAGUUAAUAAAAGUACCUAAUUCUUGAAUCCAUUUUUUAGUUUAGGGGUAAUAUACUUUUUAUUGAUAUACUAUAAAUAAUAUACAAAAAAUCUUACAAUUAAGAGUAAAACAUGGUAUAAUAAGUUACAGAAUUAUAAAAAUAUCCAAAAGAAUUACAAAAUUGUUCAAAACGUUUUCGGUCCUAUCGGACCAUAAUCAGUAAUACUUGAAAUAUUUUCAAAAGGCCACUUACAAAACGAAAAACUUUUAAUUUACAUAUAAAGCGUUAAAUGAACUUAAAGUUCUUCUUCUUCUUCCUCCUCCUCUGCUUCUUCUUCUUCCUCCCCCUCUGCUUCUUCUUCUUUUUCUUCUUCUUCUUUUUCUUCUUCUUCUUCUUCUUCUUCUUUUUCUUCUUCUUCUUUUUCUUCUUCUUCUUCUUCUUCUUCUUCUUCUUCUUCUUCUUCUUCUUCUUCUUCUUCUUCUUCUUCUUCUUCUUCUUCUUCUUCUUCUUCUUCUUCUUCUUCUUCUUCUUUUUGUAUAGACAUGACUCUGUCUGUUUUUCAAUGUGCCUCCAGUAAGUUGUCGUUCCAUCGUUUUCGUGGUCUUUCCACUGAUGGUCUUCAUAUUGGGGAACCGUCUAUCGCUGUCCUUAUUUGUUGUCAUUUGGCGUAUGUGGUCAAUCCAUUCUACUCUUCUGUUUCUUACCCAGUUAUUAAUGUUCUCCACCUUGCAUCUCCGUCGUAUAUCUGUACUUCUAGCACUAUCCCAUUGUGUCUUACCAUCAAUUUUUCGAAGGGUUUUCAUCUCCGCUGUUUAGAGCAAUCUUUUUGUCCUCUCUGUGUCAGGUCGUGUUUUUGCCGCGUAUGUCAUUAUUGGUCUGAUGACUGUUUUGUAAAUUCUACCUUUCAUUUCUUUUCCGAUAUUUUUAUUUCUCCAUAUUGUGUUAUUCAGGAAGCCUGAGGCUUUGUUUGCUUUAUUCACCUGAUCUUCCACUUUGGUUUCGAGCUUUCCGUAGCUAGAUAGUGUGAUGCCUAGAUAUUUAAACUCCAUGACUUGUUGUAUUAUCUGACCAUCCAGCUCCAAUUUACACCUUAUUGGAUUUGCUGUUAUAACCAUGCAUUUUGUAUUUUUGGUGAAAUUACCAUGUUAAAUUUUCUGGCUGUUAUAUUAAAUUGGUGCAGCGUACAUUGUAAAUCAUCUUCACUUUGAGAGAUUAGUAUUGCAUCAUCUGCAUAGCAGAUUAUUUUAAGUUGUUUUUGUCCCAUUUGGUAUCCUUUUUUAGUUCUUGAACAAUAAAGGACUAAAGGAAUCCCCCUGUCUUAUCCCAUUGCCAGCUUCAAUUGGGUCACUUAGUUCAUCUUCUACUUUUAUUUUUAUUUUGUUAUUCUGGUAGAUGUUUUCGAUCCUGGUAGUUAUUCCUAGAGGUAUCUUUCUUGCAUACAAUAACUGAUAAACGUCUUUUAAUUUGACCAUUUCAAAUGCUUUUUUAAGGUCAACGAAACAUAAAUAUGCCGGUUUGUUGAAUUUUAACGAUUUCUCUUGAACUUGUCUUGAACUAAAGUUAAACGACGUAAUGCAAUUGAUUAUGGAUUUUUAAGUAAAAGGGAGCAUACUGUGCUGUUACUCGAAAAUGGCGACCACGACUGGGUCCCGCCAAAGUUAUCAGCCAAAUCAGUUUAAAAAAGUUUUAGUUAAAAAUCUAUAAUCACCGACAUCAUGUUAUUUAAUUUUAAGUUCAUUUAAGAUUGAAUAUAUACAUUAAAGUUUCUUAUUCUGUUUGGUAAGUGGCUUCCUGUAAAUGUGUCAAGUAUCAUUGAUGAUGUUCCGAUAUGACCGAAAUCGUUUUGACCAAUUUUGUAAUCCAUUUGGAUAUUUUCAUAAUUUUAUAAAUUAUUAUACCAAUUACACUAGAAGUUCCACACUUGAUUGUAAGUUUUUUUUAAACUACGGUAUACAGCCAACUGGAAAUUUUUCCUUAUUAUAUACAAAAAGUUAAUGCAGAAAGAAAUGUUAUGAUUUUGGAAAUUUCUAUGGGCGAUUUCUGGACAAAAUUCCUAUGUUUGGAUUGUAAAUUUUUAUUUAUAGUAGAAUUUAAAUUUUAGACAAUACUACGCAUUGAUAUAGUCAAUUAUCAUUUAAAAAAAGUCAAUUUUGUAUGUACCAGCGUCACGAAUUGCAGUAUUUUCGAAUAAAUACAAAAAAUGUCUAGUGAGAUAAUGUAGUAAAAAAUUAAUAUCAAAAACAAUGUUCUUCGGUCUCAAAGUAUUGAAAACAUCCCCUGCUUAUCUUAAAAUCUACAUAGCAUAGCCAUAACUCCCCAAAAUUCAAGAUACUCGAUUUCAAUGUUUAAAUAUAUUUUCCAAUUGUACUUGAUGCCAUUUUUUAUCAUUAUUUACAUUCAGUGAGAAGUUUACUUCUCCACUGUGUUAUGCCAGUGUAUUGAUAAGGAUCCUCUGCUUUAACUGUAUAAUUAUAUUCAUCUAGUUUAAUUUAUUUAUAUAGUAGAAAGAUUGCGAAGACCCCAGUGAUUUAUACAGAAAGUUCUUCUGAGACUUUAUCCAACCAAAGAAUAAAUUUUGAUAAGAUUAACAAAUUCAAUAAAUAGCAAUUGGAAAAACUAAAGUAAGAGGAAAAGUAGAAACAAGAACUCACAAUCCAAAUUAAUUGGAAAAAAUAAGCUAGCAUGUAGUUAAAACAAAUGGUCGAGCGUAUUCUGAUGUAAACUGUGUUAAAAUAAUUCCAAAUAAUAUACUAAAGUAAUUCUAAUUCUUAGAAUUAUUCUACCACAGUUUAAAUCAGUAUAUCCUUUUAAGUGUACUGAACCGUUGAUUUUAAGUAUAUACUAGCUUAUUCUUUAAUUGUAAACUUUAAUAAUCACUGAUAUACGCAACAUUUUAGCCUGUAAAGUUUCUUUAGUUUCUCAAUCGCCCCGUUUUUAACAAUCAGAAUUUUAUUUGAAUUUGGAGCACAUGUUUCUACUUUUAGUAACAUGUAGUGACUAGCCAUUCUUGUCUGUUUCUUUAACUUGGUACCUAUGAUUAUGUAGAAGUUGUCAAUUUUUUGUUGUGUCAUUUGUCUGUUUUGUUUAAAAUACUUGCAGUAAAACAUAAUUUGUCCUUAUAAUUUUUUUCUACUUAAUAUAGCAUUGUGGCAUGUUCCUUCCGACAUCUACCUAUUAACAUUCAAUGAAAUACAAGAGUCAAAAUUCCAGCGUCUUGCAUGAUUGCACUAAGAUAUUUUAAAUAUUCUUUAUCCACCUUAUGGAUAGUAUCUAUCUUGUAAUAGUUUGUACUUAGCAUUUUAAUUUUAUUAUCGGUUUUCACAUCCUGCCUCUUAGUUAUAUCAUGCAAUAUUUGAUCGUUUGAGAUUUUCUUUGUUAAUUGACGUUAAAAUUAGUAUUUAUUUGGAAAACCAAUUUCACAGCUCAAUUCAAUGACUGACUAAUUGAACAUUACUUUAAUAUUUAAUGAAUCUGUCAUAUCAAUAUUCUGAUUAGAAAUGACUUGUUUGUAUCUAUUUUUACUGUUACCACUUUUGAUCCAUUAGUAGUAUUUUAUUAGUUAUAACGAUGAUGAUAAUAUUUUCCAAAGCUUUUAAAAUAGCGCCUGUUAAAAAUUACCCUAUUCUUCUGAUCUAAGGGCAUUUCAUGCAGCCAAUUUAGCUUACCACAAUUUUGGCUGUUGUAGGGUUUAGGCUGUUUCUUGCCGAUGCUUUCAUGUUCUUGUACGCGUGCUGUAGGAUUUCUUUGUAUCUCAGUCUUCAUGUGUUUGAUGUAUCCCGGUAUAGAUUGCUAGAAUUCGUUUGGUGAUCCACUGAAAGCAUUAUUUUUGAUAUUUUGAUAUACAAAAAUGUAGAAUUAAAAAUUAGUUAGAAAAUGUCAAUUAUGGAAUUAUUUUGAAGUUACCGCUCUUUUUGUGAUAGCUGGUUAACUUGAGUGAACUAAGUAAGUACAGAAAUAUUAAAAAGAAAACAAUAUGCAGAUAAAAAUGGUCGUGUUGUGCAUAUCUAUUGUUUAAUUUUUACACAAGAAUAAAACACGGUACUUACUAAUUGCAUACGCACCACAAAAGCAACGAGUGUACUUUUUACAGUGAUACCCUCUAAUCAGGUGCCUCAAUUUUCUUUAAAUUCGUUAAAAUAAUAUAAAUACUAAGUUAAGAAAAUAUUAUAUGAAUGUAAUAUAAAUUCACAUAUUGCUGUUUCACAAAAAUAUAUUAAAAAAUGAUAA